AUGAAGUGUCGUCACUGUAUUUAUGGAUGGAUUCCAACGGACUCGGAGAGAGAGGUAGAGUCGUGGCUGAAGCAGUUGAGUGGGGCGUUGGAGGUCCAUCAACGCUGGAUGCGUGAGCACUUUGCUCGCUUGGUGCGGCUUGACUUGGGUCUUGCCAUCAUCCAACCCGUGGCUGCCAGCGUCACUACUCGACUCAAGCAUCGUUCAGCCUUAGGCGGUGUCAAAGCCAGUUAA